GUGAAUCCAAAAAAAAAAGAUGCAAUUCCGGUUUUUGCAUAUGAAAUGCGUUCAUUUCAUUUUUUUUUUCUAUGAUUUAUUUGUCUUCUUCUUCUUGAGUCGUUCCUUUUUUUAUUGGCUCUAUUUUUUUGGUGUUCUUUUUUUUUGGGCUUUUUGAUUGUUAUUUCGGGUUCCCCUUUUAUACUGUUUGCGGUUUAUUUUUUUCCAUCAAUUUUCUUGUUUUCUCUUUCUCUUUUCCAUUACCUCCUUUUCCUUUGGCGCCCGUCCCAUGCCGUCAUCUACCGACAAUGCGGCUCUGUCGACGCACGCACCAACAAGUUCCCGAUCGGAGGCUCCGCUUCAUAUUCGUAUUGUUCCUCAUCUGGAUUCCCAACGAUCGCUCGUCUUUGACAUUAUCGAACGAGACAUUGCCCAAGGCGAAGUGCUGAAAAUCGGUCGUUUCACCGACAAGUGUAUGAGCCUGACCCGCAUCACCUUCAAAAGCAAAGUCGUCAGCCGAGGCCAUGCAGAGAUAUGGACAGAAAACAACAAGUUUUAUAUUCGUGAUAUCAAAUCCUCAUCAGGCACUUUUUUAAAUCAUGUGCGUCUAAGUGCCCCGAAUCAAGCCUCCCGUCCUUGUGAACUUAAGGACGGAGAUAUUGUGCAAUUGGGAGUGGAUUAUCAUGGUGGUAGCCAAGAAAUCUAUCGAUGCGUACGGAUGCGAAUUGAACUCAAUCGUCAUCACAUGAAUAACAGGAUGACAUAUAGUCUCAACACAUUCCAAACGCUUCGAAACUUGACUACGCCACCUAAUAAUAUUAGUGUACUCGAUGACGCCAUGCAUCAAGAAGAAGCGAACCGUACGCAACUACACAUUGAAGAAUGUUGUAUUUGUCUGUACGCCAUUGCUCCCUUUCAAGCCCUCUUUGUCGCACCAUGUUCUCACACCUUCCAUUACAAAUGUCUCCGACCGUUACUCGUCAACUAUCCUGGAUUUCUUUGCCCGCUUUGCCGUAACUAUGCCGACCUCGAUGCCAGUGUUGCAGUAGAAACGGCUGAUGUAAGUUUGCGUAAAUCCCCCUGAGGGUUCUCCGGCGGGUUUCGGAUGCAUAAUUAAGCGAGUGACAUGGGCUUAGGUUUUGCGUAUGCUGCAAGAAAGCAAGGCAGCUGGCGCCAGUGCUGAAAUGAAGAAGGAUGUUACAAACGAUGAAAACAGAGAUCCUGAAUUAUCCGCGAAAGAUGAUGAAAGAUGUGUAGACAGACCGAAUUCAUUAGGCCCUCGUCCCAUUUCCGCUUCCCAUCGUAAGUGCGCUUGCAAUUUUGAUGUGAACAAAGAAUUGGAGAUUCAAUAAUUAUUGUAGAAACCAUACCAUCGCCCGAUGAUCCUAACAACAUACCCUCUCAUCACGAUUAAGACCAUCUUGGCAACACCCCACCUUCCAACCUUUCCACUUUUUUUUUUU